AUGGCUUUUCAAAAAGCAACGGAGCCUUCCAGCGCUACAAGGAAACCCCCCAGUUUGUUGGAGAUCGGAGCGCUCUGCUUGGAUUCCGAGAUCAUCUUCGGGUUUACCAGCCACCUUCUCAGGAGGAAAAGCAAGGUAACCGAAGGCGGCUCUCGGCGCGAAAUAACGCCGAUCUCCCUGGAGUUUCCUCAGCGGAAGAGGCCCCUUCAGGCAGCGGUCCCUGAAGACCGAUGCGGCAGUCGUCCCGCUCCGGAGGGAGCCGGAGCCGCCUCGGCGGGCGAGCUGGGGCACUUCGAGGGAGCCGCGAAAGGGGAAUGGUGCCGAAGCUGCCAAGCCAAGCUGGCCGAAUUCAAGAGGCAAGCAGUGAAGCUCGCCUCGGGCUACAACGCCCUGGCCCCGCCGGACCCACGAUUAUCAGCUUUAAUUUUUGACAAGCUUCAAGUGCCUGAAUAUUUACAGAAACCUAGGAGUGAAGGGGAAAGCAGGUGUGAUGUUUGUGCUGCCCACCUGAAUCAGCUGAAGCAAGAAGCAGUCCAGGUCAUCCACAACCUUGACCAAGCCAGCUGUCAAGAGGCAACAGAUCCCCCCCAAAGUGCCGUGGCAAUGGCUGCUGUGAUACCAAGAAUGACCUCCCAGAACAUGGUCAGCGUCUCUUCUCAGAAGGACUUGUCCCUCAUGGCUGGACAGGGGGGUAGACAGCCUGGCAAAACCACCAGCCUUUUCUCUGGGACGGAGAGGAAGAAGGGACUAGGGUGGCCACAAGGUGCGGGUGGCUUCCCAAACUCCAGCGUUCAAGUGACAGUGGCUCCCAGUGGCCUUAGUGGGGCAUUGAGCUCAGUAACGAUCCAGGCUCAGCAGUACCUUGAAGGGAUGUGGAGUAUCUCCCGAGUAAACAGUUUUCUUCCUCAAGCUUGUCUAGAGGCAGCACCAGGAGAGUGUGGAAAGGAAGGUUCUAAUUUUCAAGUUACCUCAGGACAAAACAACUGUGACCAGAUUGGGACUGGCGGUUCCCAGAGUUUGGUUGCUCCUGCUGGCGUCUCUGCGGGUCCUUCAGCGGCAGCUUCUUUCUUCAUAAGAGCUGCCCAGAAACUUAACCUGUCCUCAAAGAAAAAGAAGCACCAUGUACCUUUGCUGCACUCCCAUGGUGUCUCUAUCUAUACCACCAAUUUUAGUGGCAUCCUACAGAUGUAUCCUCCUCCAGCACCACCAUGCCUUUUAAGAGCUGUAUCAAAAGUCAAAGACAACCCAGGAAUUGGAAAGGUGAAAGUGAUGGUGAGAAUUUGCCCGUCACAAGGAACACACAACACAUCAGAAUCAAUGUCGUUUCUGAAAGUAGAUUCACGAAAAAAGCAGAUCACACUUUAUGACCCAUCCACAAGUGGGUCUAAUGCAAGUCACCGAAGAGGAGCUGUGGCUGUCCCAAAGAUGUUUGCCUUUGAUGCAGUAUUCCCCCAGGAUGCUUCCCAGGCUGAGGUAUGCUCUGGAACAGUAGCAGAAGUAAUCCAGUCUGUCGUGAAUGGUGCAGAUGGUUGCAUCUUUUGCUUUGGCCAUGUCAAGCUUGGCAAAUCCUACACAAUGUUUGGAAAAGAUAAAUCCACACAGAGCCUUGGCAUUGUACCAUGUGCUAUCUCAUGGCUCUUCAAGUUAAUCAAUGAGCGCAAGGAAAAGACUGGGACUCGUUUCUCAAUUCGAGUAUCUGCUGUGGAGAUCAGUGGCAAAGAUGAAAACCUACAGGAUUUGUUAGCUGAAGUAGCCACCGGCAGUCUUCAAGAUGGACAGUCCCCAGGGGUCUACCUACGAGAGGAUCCGAUAUGUGGAACACAGCUUCAGAAUCAAAGUGAAUUGAGGGCCCCAACAGCAGAGAAAGCAGCUUUUUUCCUUGAUGCAGCGCUGGCUGCCAGAAGUACUAGCAAACCAGAAUGUGAUGAAGAAGAUCGGAGGAAUUCACACAUGUUUUUUACUCUUCAUAUAUACCAAUAUCGCAUGGAGAAGAGUGGCAAAGGAGGAAUGUCAGGUGGACGCAGUCGUUUACAUCUCAUUGACCUGGGAAGCUGUGAAAAAGUACUAAACAAAAGUCGAGAUGGAGGAAGUCCCCUCUGCCUCUCUUUGCCUGCAUUAGGCAGUGUCGUUCUGGCCUUAAUUAAUGGUGCCAAGCAUGUGCCAUACAAGGAUAAUAAACUGACAAUGCUGCUAAGAGAAUCGCUUGGGAACAUCAACUGCAGAACAACCAUGCUAGCCCAUAUAUCAGAUUCCCCAGGAAGUUAUGCAGAAAGUCUCAUGACAAUUCAGCUUGCCUCUCGUAUCCACAGGAUGAGGAAGAAGAAAUCCAAGUAUGCAUCUAGCUCAUCUGGAGGAGAAAGUUCGUGUGAAGAAGGCCACAUUCGAAGACCUCCUCAUCUAAGGCCAUUUCAUCCAAGGACUAUAGCUCUUGAUCCUGACAUUCCUGUGUUGACUCUUUCCAGUGAGCAUGAUUAUUCCUCCAGUAGUGAGCAGUCCUGUGACACUGUUAUCUAUGUCGGUUCCAAUGGUACUGCUUUGUCAGACAGGGAGCUGACAGAUAAUGAAGGCCCUCCAGAAUUUGUUCCCAUAAUCCCUUCCUUGAACAAAAAAAGAAGCAAGGACAACUGUGGUCUUCCAAAAAGCUCUGACAAAGAUCACUUUAAGUGCAACACCUUCGCAGAAUUGCAGGAGAGGCUGGAGUGUAUCGAUGGAAGUGAGGAACCUGUCAAGUUUUCUGGCGGGGAGAUCGUUGCUGCGACUUCUACUAGCACAAUGCCCAUAUCCACAGAAAACGGGCAGUCUAAAUCCAAACCAUCUUCUCCUCUUGGAGGGUUUAAAAAACCGUUUUCACAAGAAAUGGGAGCUCCAAAAAAGGGACAUAACACUUAUUUCCAGCGUAACAGCAGUUGCCCUGAAAAGAAGGUAUCUCCUUUAAAAACAGAACAUGCCAAAUUCCAGUCAAAGCCUGAAAGCAAGAGAGUAGAUUUCAGUGAGGAUAAUGAAGCAGCGGCUGAUUCCUGCCAAUUACCAACAAGUAAUUCUGUUAAGACUUAUGAAUCAAGUCAAGCUGAUGCUGAAAUGGUUGUGAAAGAAAAACCUUCAUAUACGAAGAGACCGUUGCCCAGCCCUGCCCCACCACCACCACAGCAGCAGGAAUCUCUGGUGACAAGCAAACAAACAUAUCUAAAAGUGGAUCACAACAAUGCCAUCAGGACUCCACCUGUGGGAAUGAGUAAACAAGUGGCUAGUGAAACUGAACAUAACACCACAACUAAUAACACAGAGCACCAGGCAGAUGGUAUUGAAGUACAUAGAUUUCGAUCAUCUUUCCAAGGCUCAUGCUUUGAUAGGGAUAUACUGACAACAACAGUGACUUUGCAGCAGCCUGUGGAACUCAAUGGUGAGGAUGAACUUGUCUUUACAGUGGUUGAGGAGUUAUCGAUCAGUGGUAUUAUGGACAAUGGAAGACCUGCUAGCAUCAUCAGCUUUAACAGUGACUGCUCUCUCCAGGCCCUUGCCUCUGGCUCUAGGCCAGUUAGUAUCAUCAGCAGUAUAAAUGAUGAGUUUGAUGCUUAUACCUCUCAGGCAAGUACAACAGGUGUCAACAUUGAUAUUGUUGUGCCCUUUUCUGAAGAACCUUUUACUAGUAGCAGCAGACGUUCCUCCAUUAGCUCAUGGCUAAGUGAAGUCAGUAUCUGUACAAUUGGAAGUGAUGGAGCCCAUUCCAGUGAUGGUUUUCUUAUGCAACCCUCUUAUAGCUGUAACAAAUCUGAGGAGCCUUUAACUUUGGGUUCUCCUAAUAUCUCUGUUCCCUUGAAAACUACCUUAAAUGAUAGUGGCUUUUGCUUUUCAGAACUGGAGAGUGAGAGCUUGAAUUCAAGCAAAACAGCCUCAGGAGUCAACAGAAGCCCUCAAAACUAUGACUUAACCAAAGUGUGUCAGAUUGGAAGUACUCUUUGCAUCACUGAUCAGACCCCAAAAGUUAAACUUUCUAAUUCUCAAAACACACCAGUGAUUGAAACUAUACACUCCAGUCUUCCCCGAAGAACAAAAGCUACCUCAUCUCUGACUCAUAAUAAUACUCUCAGUGACAAAGAACUGCAAAAGCCACAUGUGAUGUUUGAAGAUCCAUGGUUGGUUCGCACAGAAGAUCAUCUGGAAGCCAAUAGUACAGAUUUGUUACCUUCAAAUUCUCAGGCAUUUAGUACUCAGAAGCAGUCACCAAGAUCCGUCCAACAAUUUGGUAACACAGCUAAACCUUUAAAAUCCCAGACAAUGCUUGCAUGUUCACAAAGGGUGGUAGAUGGUUGUGAAAUGAGCUGCAAGUCUUCUAGUGGAGUGGCUAAAAAAUCUGAAGCUUUCCCUAAAAUCCCACAACUUAAAAGAGGAGCCACCACUCUGGGAGUAGUUCCUGUGACGCAUAGCAGUGGUGCUUUUACAGAAUGUAUGCACAGGGGAAAUUCUGAAGCUGCUUUUGCCAUUGGGAGCCUGAAGAAGAAGAAUACACAGCAAAAGAUAAGUAUGUUACCCAGGCCAAAUGGCACAGUACCUCCAACACCUCCUGUGCGUAAAUCCAGCCUUGAGCAAAAAAAUGGAGGGGCCAAAGCUGUAGGAUUAGAAGCUAAUAGGGCUGCUGCAGCAAAACAUGAGGAUGAGAUGGAUUCACGACUGAGAACUGGGUUAUGUACUGCUGAAAGUGCCAGUAGCAAAUGCAGCCUCAGAGGAGAUCACUCCCUGCCAAAAGCAACUUCAAGUUUAAAGGCCAAGGUAUCAAAAAGUGAAGCUGUCCAUCGCUAUGGGAGCCACGCGUCCCUUGAAAGAUGUGAUAGCUUGAUAUCUGUUGGAGCAAAAAACAGUCUGAAUAAGGAAAAUGGUGGUGGCAGCCUUAGCAAUGGCAGGAAUGGCCGGCUAGUCCCAAGACUGGGAGUUCCUCCUGAUGCUUCUGGCCUGACCUCUCCUCCAUCAUGCGCCAUGUCUGUACCUUGCAAAAGUAGUCAGAUAAAAAGUGCUACCAGCCAGAAAACUGUGGUUAGUGGGAAUAAGAGUCGUAGCCUUUCGGCCAGUGGGUCCAAGUCUUUGAGCUCCUCUGUGAAGUCAUUAGCUCCUUCUGCUGGGAAGAACUCUAGCAUUCCUUUGAGUGGGAAAGCAACUCCAAGGUCCAUGCAAGGCACAAACAACAAACCUGGUCGAGGAACAAUUAUGGGAACCAAGCAGGCCAUUAGGGCAGCCAACAGUCGUGUUAACGAGCUAGCAUCAGGGAGCUCAGUCAAGAUGAGCCAUUUCCGGGGUUCAACAGACUCUGAUAGUGGCAAUGACAGUGGAAUUAAUCUAAGUGAUGAGAAGUCACAGAUCCUGGUGCUGCCAUCUCCAUACAGUAAGAUAACUGCACCAAGAAGACCUCAGCGCCAUAGCAGUGGACAUGGGAGUGACAACAGUAGUGUCUUGAGUGGGGAACUACCACCUGCAAUGGGUAGGACAGCUCUUUUUUAUCACAGUGGUGGCAGCAGUGGCUAUGAAAGCAUGAUCCGUGACAGCGAAGCCACUGGCAGUGCUUCCUCAGCACAUGAUUCUAUGAGCGAAAGUGGGAUGUCUUCACCAAGUCGCAUGAGAAGUUUGAAAUCCCCAAAGAAAAGAUCAGCAGGUUUCCAGCGCCGUCGGCUGAUUCCAGCACCUCUUCCCGAUUCCACAUCUCUGGGGAGAAAACAGACUGUUGCUGGCCAGUGGGUUGAUCUGCCCCCCUUGCCAGGGACUUUGAAAGAGCCAUUUGAAAUAAAAGUUUAUGAGAUUGAUGAUGUGGAACGAUUACAGCGACAUCGACAAGAAGAAACUGAGCCUUUCCAGGAUGUUGAGAAGGGCUUGAUAUAUUUUAAUACGAAGCUGAAAAUCCUAGAGAGACGCCACCAACGGAUUAGGGAAAUGAAAGCAAAGCAUGAGCUCUUGAAAGAUGAAUUGGAAGAAACAAAAUGCAGGUUGAUGUUGGAUCCAAGCAAGUGGAAAGGAGAGUUUGAGGUUGAUCCUGAUCUUGAUAAGGAAUCGCAAGAUUAUCUGGAGGCAUUAGAACAAGUGACUGAUGAACUAGAGCAAUGUGUGAAUCUGUGCAAGUCGCAUGUCAUGAUAGUCACCUGCUUUGAUAUUGGAGUAAUCAACGACAUCCAGGAUGGAGCACAAGAAGUGGAAGUUUGAAAACAUUUGCAAAGGGAUUUGAGGAGGUAGAACCAAACUUUCAAAAGAGGGAAGAAAAACAUGUGUAUUGGAAAGUGAAGGUGGAAGCGUGAAAUUUUUUUGCAACAAAGAAUGUUGUGGAAGUCAGAACUGUCAAGGAAUCAGAAUGUUCUAAACCUGUAUGGUGCCUCAACAACCUAUGAAUUGUACAAAGCUUAUCAUGAUUUCUAAAAGAGGAAAGCAGAAAAGAAUAUUCUGAGAACUAAUUCUGUUUGAAAAGCAAAGUGCCUUUACCAUUCAUUUGUGACUUGUUUUCUUAAUUUUUUAUUUGUUGCUAGAAUUGAAACCAGCAAAUCAAAACAAAUCAUAAAAUGUAUUCCUAUAAUAUUUUCUACUGUAUAGUGUAAUUUAUGACUAUAUGUAAAAACAAAACAAAUUGUAGCAAAAGCAAUAAUUAUGUUUUAAUACCUGAAUUUGCCUCCUUGUUUCAUGGAAAAGCUGGUUUAUGUAGCAGAACAACAGCAAAAAAAUUAUAUUGUAAUUGCUUUUUCAUGGUUUAGGAUUUGAUAUAUUUUUAUGAACAUUAUCUAUUGGAAAGGUAUAUAAUGACAUUUUGGAGUACUUGCUUUGUAUUCAGUUUUUAUACUCUUACUUUUUCAGAUCAUGAUGAACAUGCUUUUUCCAUGUUUUUUCUAUACAAAUAUUAGGGCUGAAAUGUUUGAUAGAUUGAUCUGUUACAUUAGUCAAUUAAAACAGUGUAAGUUUGAUUAAAAAGGUGCCUCCUGAUUAACUGAGCAGCAGAUUUUUAAAAUGUUGUUUAAACUUAUUUUUAAUACAAGGAAAAGCCGAGGAUGGCAGGUGGCAUACUAUAGCAUUCCCUGUUCUCUCUGCUGCUUACACAGAAAUGCCUGUUCCCAGGUGGUGCUUACUGCAACAUACAUGUAUGUGUGUUUUUAAAAGAAAAGAUACAUUAUUUUUUCCUCUUCAGAACUUUGGUUUUAUUUAUAUGCAUUUAAAUGUAUUUACCAAUUAAUCGAUUAGUAAAAGGCCAAAACUAAAACAAUUGAUUGGCCAAGAUUUCUUUAAUCAGACAGCAGUUCUAAUAAAUAGGUUAACCAGUUAAGUACUUCCAUGGGCAACAUUCCUAAACUACAAACUCCAGAGUGGCCUGAGAUUACUUGUUGAUAGGUCUGCCGUAAGAGAUAGGCAGUGAAGGCCUUGGUAAUGAAGGUCAGCCUAUAUGUUAUUGCACAGACAUGACUGCAUAAAACGCCCAGUGGCUUCCACUUCUAGUCAAAUCCAAUUUGGGAGGGAAUAAUUUUCAACAAUGACAUAGAAAAUGCAUAACUCCUUCCCCACCACUUUACUCCAUUAUUGUAGAGCUGCUAGAAGGAGUGUUUUGGCAGCAAAUUGUCAAGUGGGAUAUGGGUCAAGCACCACAUUCUGGCAUUUGCUUCUGAAAAUUGCUUCAAACCUCUUUGACUAGAUGAAAGAGCUAUGAGGGCUUUUAUACAUAAGUGCAUGUGUAAUAUGUAGUUUUGCCCUAACUCUGAUAAUUGACUGCAUUCAUUACUAACCCCCUUUCCUAGAAUUCCUUAAUUCAGGGGUUGGCAUCAUGGACUCUCUUACCCCAAUAUAUCCAUCUUGUUUUUUUCCCAUUGGAAAAGCUCCUCCACCCUAAUUUCCAUCCCGCUGAACAUAUCUGGGGUGCCUGGUCAUUGUUCAACCUAGGGCCAGUGUUGAAUUGGGGAGGGAUGGUGGGGUAUAAAGUUGACAGCCCCUGCCUUAAUCUAACUUGAUGAAGUCUGUUAACUACACUGUGGCUUUUCUCUCUCUCUUCUGAGUGCAGGAAAAAAGAGUUGGUUCCAGACUUAGUCACAGGAGCAGACUCACUGAAAUGCAUUCAUUUCCUUUGACUUCAGUGGGUCUAUUUGUCAUAUGACCAGUCUGGAUCCAAUCCUGUGUUUACAGCCAAAAUCGCACAGAAGUGGGGUAAAAUGUUUUCUUGGGGGAGGGGGGUAAUUAUUAAGUUAGGUCCAUAUUUUUGUAUAGUUUUAACAAUAAAUAUAGCAUUUGCAUUUUAUGAACUUUGAAAGACAAAUAUAUCUUUUUACAGUUUUUCUAAGGAAGGCAAACUCUCAGGAUUGUUUCUAGACAUGCUGCAUGAAUUUUGUGCUCUUUCUCCCUUUCUUUCUAUUCUUUUUUAAGAAAACCACUUUCAAGUGGAGACUGUUGAUAAACUGUUGCCAAACAAAAUAACUUUUGGAAAAGUUUGAUAGUGUAUGUAAUGACUGCAUUUCAUAAGGAACCAUAUUUUCUAUCAUCUUACUAUGUACGGGGUUGUGUUUCCCCUCCAGAUCCUUUGUAUAAAUGUAUACAAUAAUGGCUUGC